GAAUGCCUCUUGUAGACUGUGCAUCCGCCAGCACACAGGCUCAUAAAGCCAUGAGUAGCCGAAAAGAUGACGAUAACCUCCUGAGAAUGACAAAGGAUGACCUGCAGCGCUGGAUCCAGGCUGAGGUGGAACGAAACCCUCAUCUGAUGCAGAGACGCGAGCAGCUGGCGCAGGUGGAGGAGUGGGUGAAGCAGAGGGAGAGGGAAUCCACUUGCACCCGCCUCCUGUACAGCAAUGCCUACGAAUCAGUCCUUGAGUGUGAGUCGGUGAUGAAGGGCCUUUAUGGAAUGCUGGGAUUGGAUUACCGAGAUGAGGAUUCGGAGGAGGAAGAAGGAGGAGGAGGAGAACCACAGGGUGUCAUUGGCAUCACAGAUGAAGGGAUACAGGAAAAUAGCGUAUUGAAUGGGGAAGAUGAUGAUAUUGUUGUCAUUGAUCUUGGAGCCACCAAAGAAACCUUGGAACCAAUGCUUGAAAAGGUGACUGUAGCCAUUCAGAAGUCAUCCAGACUCGUUGAGGACUUAGUCCAGAUGGUUAAUAAAUCUUUCUCCGGAAGUGCAACAUCACCAUCAUCAUCGUCUGACUUCUCAAACAGACCCUCGUCAAGCUCAACCCCUGAGAUUGUCCAUUCUGAAUCUGUCACACCAAAGCUGGAAACACGUGAAAACUCUAUUGCAAUAGUUAAGACUGAAUCACUGUCGAGAGUACCUGAAAUGUCCUCGGAACAAUACAAAUCUGUUGCCGGUCGUAAGUCAGAUUCUAGACCGACAAUUAAGACUGAACCACAACUGACAGCACUAACCCCUUGGGAAACAAGCAUUUCAAAACGACAUGAAACCGCUGCUAGUCUUAACUGUCCAUCCUUAAAAUUAAUUAAAUCUGAACCUCAGUUGACAGCAGUGAGUCCACCAGAAACAACUGCCAGUAUUUUUGGAUCCAUAGCAGCAAUAAAGACUGAGCCUCAGUUGAGGGUCAUAAAGUCAGAAAUGGAUUCACCUCCAAGCAUUUCAAAGCCUUUUGAAAUUGCAUCCAUUGCAUCAAUUAAAACCAAACCUCAGCUGAGAGCAUUAACACCUUUGUCUUUGCUUGAAAGCGAUUCUGAACAGUCAAGCAGCCUUAAUUCAGAUCGUGAAGCAACAAAUAUGACCAAACUUACGUUGCCGCCAGUGGCUUCUCCUGAAAUCCCUUCACUCUCAGAACAGUUAAAAGCUAGUAUCUGUCCUAGUUCAGCAUCUGUAGCAUCCAGUGAGACUGAUCCUCAAGUGCCAUUAGAGACCCCUUUAGAAAUGCCUUCACCUUCAAGCAGUCCAGAACAAAUGGAAAUUGAUGCCGGUGACGAUACAGAAACUGUAGAAACAAACCAGACUGAGCCGACCGCAGAGACUCCUGCUGAAGUGUCGCCAUUGCCAAGCAAUUCUGAAGAAGCUGAAACUGUUGCCAGCCACGAUUCAGAGUCCACAGAUGAGACCGAAAAGCCUAAAACAAGAAGCAGAUCUGCCAAACCCUCUGUGCCCAGGACAAGUCCAACACCUAGGGUGAGGUCUUCAAAAAACUCUGCACAUGUCAGCAGCUCUUCCAGCCCACAAUCGGAAACAAAGGCGCCAUCGCCUGCAGAUAGUAAUCAUGAACCCUCUGACAUAGAGGAUCAGUCUGCUAGUCCUGCUGACAGUGAUUAUGAGCCUCCUGAAUCGCAAUCAGAGUCAUCGUCAGACAGUGAUUAUGAACCCCCUAAAUCACAACCGAAGUCAUCGACAGGCAGGGAUCAUAAACCCGCUAAAUCACAGUCAAAGUCAUUGACAGGCAGGGAUUAUGAACCCCCUAAAUCCCAGUCAAAGUCAUCAAUAAACAGUCAUAAUGAACCGCCUAAAUCACAGUCAAAGUCACCAACAAACAGUGAUUAUGAACCCCCUAAAUCAAAAUCACAGUCAUCUGGCGAUUCUUCUGAUGAUGACAGCGGCAAUGAUGCUCUUACAGAACCUUCCAGUCCUGACGAAAGUUCCAAGUUUUUACCCAGCGAGUCUUCUGAAGAACAUGAAGAGCUAAAACUCAAAGUCAGCAUGGAAGUUUUGGGGAAAAGGAGACACAACUUGUGGUGUAAAGGGACAGUACAAGAAGUCCAAACAGCAGAGGAUGGCUUAAGAUAUAAGGUGGAGUUUAAGAGUGGUAAAGAGAUUGUGCUGCCUGCUCAUCAGGUGGCCUCUCUGAAGCCUCCCAUUCUUAAGGAUUUGUUCAUUGGCUGUCGUGUUGUGGCCAGCUGCAAAGAUAAUGAAGGAAAGGUCCAGUUUAAUGCGGCCGUAUUGGUUGAACUUCCUGAGCGCAAGAAUCGCAUGAGGUUCUUGGUGUUUUUUGAUGACGGUCAAGCAGCUUACCUGGCACUUCCAGACAUUCGUCGUGUCUGCAAACAAUUGAAAAAGGUGUGGAAGGACAUUGAGGAUGAGACAUAUCGGUUGCAGGUGAAGGAAUAUCUUCGUGUGUAUCCCAACCCUGUUGCUGUGGUGCUUCGCGUGGGCCAAGACACCAAGGCGAUGCGGGAUGGCAAGUUUGAGACCUGCACGGUGCUCCAGUUGGAUGGCAGCCUGAUCCAGAUCUGCUUUAAGAAAGACAAGCAGAAAGAGUGGAUUUAUAAAGGCUCAGACAGGUUGGAACACAUUGUAAAUAUCAAGAAACGUCUGGCUAAAGAUAAACCGCAGAAACAACAUUCGCAACAGAAAACACAACAAUCUUCGCAACAGAAAACACAACACACAACUUCUUCCACAACAACAGUUCCCUCAUCGACUGUUACUUCACCUGUUACCUCAGCAGCUGUAUCUCCUGCACGGCUGACCCGACAAUCUGAUACAGUUACCAAAACAUCAUCUGUUAUCCCUCAAAAGAUGAUGUCAGCCACUUUCCAGCCAAAGGUCAUCCUCCAGAGGUUAACAAAGCUUUCACCUCUCUUACAAGAUGUCCGUGUAUCAAAGGAUAGCAUGCACACAGUAAGAUCUUCGACUGUAAACAGUACCUCAGAUUUAAGAAGUGCAAAACGUCCUGCCUCUGAUGAGGGAGAAGAGUAUGUUUCUGAGGAAGAAGAGUGUGUUCCAAAGCAACAGCAGUAUAAGUCCACAUACUUGCAUCAUCGGUGUUGUCCAGCAUGUCUGGAUGGGGUAAGACCAUCUCAAGUCGACAUGCACCGUGGUCAAAAUCCACUUCUCAUCCCACUGCUUUUUAAGUUUCGGCGAAUGACGGCUAGAAGGCGCAUCGAUGGAAAGGUGUUUUUCCACAUUUUCUAUCGUUCUCCUUGUGGGCGGAGCUUGUGCGACAUGCAUGAAGUGCAGGAAUACUUGCUUGAAACGCGUUGUGACUUCCUUUUCCUGGAAAUGUUCUGUAUGGACCCAUUUGUUCUUGUGAAUCGUGCCCGACCUCCCUCCACAUCAACCGGCAAGCCUCACCUCUACCUACCGGACAUAACAGAAGGCAAAGAGGUGUUGCCGGUGCCCUGCGUUAAUGAAGUGGACUAUACACUUGCUCCUAACAUCAUUUACACUAAAGACAGAAUUCCAGCCCCAGGUGUUUCUAUCAAUACAAGCUCAGACUUCUUGAUCGGCUGCGACUGCACAGAUGGCUGUCGGGACAGGUCAAAGUGUGCAUGCCACCAGCUGACCAUUGAGGCCACGUCCUUAUGCAGUGGAGGUCCAGUGGAUGUUAGUGCUGGAUACACACACAAGAGAUUGCCAACCUCCUUGCCAACAGGGGUGUACGAGUGUAACCCACUGUGCCGUUGUGACCCGAGAAUGUGCAGCAACAGGCUGGUUCAGCACGGUCUGCAGCUGCGGCUGGAGCUCUUCAUGACGCAGCACAAGGGAUGGGGCAUCCGCUGCAAAGAUGAUGUGGCCAAGGGCACAUUUUUGUGUGUUUUCACUGGUAAAAUAGUAAACGAAGACAGAGUGAAUGAAGAUGACACGGUGUCUGGCAAUGAAUAUUUGGCCAACCUUGACUUUAUUGAGGGUGUGGAGAAACUAAAAGAGGGAUAUGAGAGCGAGGCGUAUUUCUCAGACACAGAGGUUGAAAACAACAAGAAGACCAUAACAAUGAAAACAGGGCCAUUAUGGAAAAACACUCUGUACCAAGAAGACUCUAGCAGUGGCGAAGAAAGAGAAGAACAAAUGGAGCUGGACACAGAACAAGAGGAAAUGAAAGUGACUUACACACAUUUAGGUGAGAAAAAACUAUCCCAUAAGCCACAUGUAACAUCUAAAGAUGCUCAGAAAAAAGUGACCAGGCAAAUGAGAGAGGAGGGUAAAGAAACCUCAGGUCCAAAGCGUUGCUUUGCAAUAAAAUCAUUCCAGAGAAGAGUGAAACCAUUAGAAACUACAGGUGCAAAGAAUGAGAAAACGAGGACGGCUGUAACUGGCAACAACACCCGUAGACUGUUCAACGGCGAAGAGAGCUGUUACAUCAUUGACGCGAGACAAGAGGGCAACCUUGGGCGCUUCAUCAACCAUAGCUGCAGUCCGAAUUUGUUUGUUCAGAAUGUCUUUGUCGACACACACGACCUCAGGUUUCCAUGGGUGGCGUUCUUUGCUAGCAAGCGCAUCAAGGCAGGUACGGAGUUGACGUGGGAUUAUAACUAUGAGGUUGGCAGUGUGGAGGGGAAGGUACUGCUCUGCUGCUGUGGCUCCUUGCGGUGCACAGGAAGACUGCUCUGAUAUACUGAUACCAACAUAAAACACUAAAACUCUCCUUGAGGUGUUAUAGUUUCACCAAGCUGUCAGAAACAUAGUUGUGACACUUUUCUGGAAGAGCAUUCCAAUCAUGACCCUUUCAAUAUGAAAAGAAAUAAUAAAAUAUAUUAAAGGUUGUGUUGUUGCUUUUAUUUUUCUGUUUGUUCUGUUCUGUUUGUUUUUAUUCUUUUUAACCUCUACAAGAAUUGUUAAUACUCACUUAUUCAAUGUAAA